AUGCUUUUAAAAAAUUCGUGUGUUUUUGUGUUACUCACUGCGUCGUUGACAGUCCCCUCUGCAGUUGGCGAGGUGACAAAAGCCACAGUAUACUGGGACGCCCAACAAAAGUCUCCACUGCUAAAGGCUGGGGUCCUAGAUUUAAAUGGAGACGUGUAUGGCUUCCUGAAUGAUACCCUGUCUAGUACAGGUUGGAGUGUCCUCGAGAUACGAGCUGGAUACGGAGAAACAUCCGAGACAGAUGAGGUCACAUUUUUCUUAGCGGGCUACCUGGAAGGCUUCCUCACUGCCCAACAGAUGAUAGAUCACUACACCAACAUGUACCCUCAGCUCAUCCAUGACCCCACCAUCCUUGGUCCAGUUCAGAACUUCAUGAAGCAACAAGAUUCUUGGACCAGAUUGCAAGUGAAAAACAAUAAGAGUUCGGAUCCUAUGUGGAGACACGUGGGCUUCAUUGUGGCCCAGAUGGACGGCUUGCAAGCUGGAGUUGCAGAAUGGGCCAAGAGACAAGGGAAAAAGCCCCUGUCCCUGUUUGCCGUUCAAUUCCUAAAUGCAGUGGGCGACCUGCUGGAUCUGAUCCCGGCCUUGGUCCCCACCUCGCCGCCACUCAAACACUUGAAACUUCCAGGGAUGGGACACUGCUCAGCACUCAUAACGGUUCUCCCAGGCUUUGAGAACCUCUUCUUUGCCCACUCCAGCUGGUACACAUACGCAGCAACCAUGCGGAUCUACAAACAUUGGGAUUUCCAUAUUGCUGAUCCCAACACAGCCACUGGGAAACUAUCAUUCAGCAGCUACCCUGGUUUUCUGGUGUCCCUGGAUGACUUCUACCUCUUGGGGAGUGGUCUCAUGAUGACCCAGACCACCAACAAUGUCUUCAACGCCUCCCUUUUUAGCAAUAUCAGCCCUAAAAGCCUUCUAGCCUGGCAGAGGGUUCGACUGGCUCACAGUUUGGCUCAUACGGGAGAGGAGUGGGCUAAAAUCUUCUCUCAGUUCAACUCUGGUACUUACAACAACCAGUACAUGGUGCUGGAUAGGAGCAAAGUGAAGCUGGGCCACAGUAUUGCUGACGGAGCUCUCACUGUAGUGGAGCAGAUCCCCGGGUUGGUGGAGCACUCAGACCAGACACAAGUGCUGCGCCGAGGUUACUGGCCAUCCUACAACGUUCCCUUCCACCAGAAGAUCUACAAGUUGAGUGGAUAUGAGCUAAUGUGGCAAGAAUAUGGAGAGGACUUCUCCUAUGAUCUCUGCCCCAGAGCCAAGAUCUUCCGGCGUGACCAAGCUGCUGUCAAGGACUUGGAUUCUUUAAAGCACAUCAUGAGAUUCAAUGACUACAAGAAGGAUCCAUACUCUAAAGGUGACCCCUGCAAGUCCAUCUGUUGUCGAAACGACCUGAAGACAGAAGGAGCUAAACCGGGGGGUUGUUAUGACACUAAGGUCACAGAUUUCCAAAUGGCGGGGGAGUUCCGCGCGGAAGCAGUGAACGGGCCAACGACACAGGAUGGACUCCCACCGUUCACCUGGGAUCAGUUCAGCAACAUCAGCCACCAGGGUUUGCCACUGUACUACAACUUCACCUUUGUCAGGAUGAAGCCUCUCCUCUUCCAGCCUUGA